AUGGAUGCUAAGGGCAAGGAGAAAGGCAUCCUUAAGCUGGAACCGCGCCCGCGAGUCGCGAUUGAAGCGAGGAGCGAACUAACGCCGCAGGGUUCCUGUGAUCGAGCGCCUGCCUCACCGCAGCCAUCGGUGGACCGCCUAUCUGUGACCUGGGCAGAUCCGGGUAGCAUGACCUCGUCGGGGGUCACUUUAUUUCAUCUCCCCUCCGAGACCCCCAACAAUGAGGUGAAGUUCUCUCCAGCAACCGGAGAUAUGUCGGAAGACGAAGAUUAUUCUGUCAGCUUGAGCGCUGUGCUAAGACAGCGCCGCGCCAGCGUCCGCCGCUCUCGCAAAGGCCGCGCCAGGCGUCCAUCCUCCCCAUUCCUGCCCGACGAGAACCGGUCACGAAGGCGAUCUUCCAUCUUCACCACCAGCUCCGGCGACACAGCGAUUUCAAUCGACGAAACACCGAUUGUGACUCAGGAGCAAAUAUUUGAAAAUAUACACCUUCAUAAGGAAGUGCUUGGUUCCGUCAAACAGCAACCUUUGGGCAUGCGCAGAAAGCUGAAAAUUGUGCAUCAGAAAUGGCAGCAGAUAAAACGUGAAGCGGCAAACAUGUCCAACCUGCUCAUACCCUGGGAACUGCGCAUUAAGGAGAUCGAGUCACAUUUCGGCUCAGUCGUCGCUUCCUAUUUCACUUUUCUGCGAUGGCUGUUUUGGGUUAAUUUGGUUAUUGGUUUCAUCCUUCUGGUAUUCGUCAUUAUACCCGAGUAUCUAACGGCAAACCCUUUGCAAGAUGGUGAACGCAAAAUUAUUAUGCCAGAAGAGGUUCAGAACUCCACUAACUUGCUAACUGUUUGGGAGUUUGAAGGAGUAUUAAAAUAUUCUCCCAUUUUCUACGGCUAUUACAGUAAUGUGGAGAGACCAGAGUAUCGGAUGCCACUAGCAUAUUUCCUUACUGGCUUGGUGGUGUACAUUUAUAGCUUCGUCGCCAUAUUGAGGAAG